AUGAGAACAAGAAAGUUAGAGAAAAGCAAGCUACAAGUAUAUCAUAGAACUUAUGUUUUCGAAGAUUUCUCAAAAAGUUUUGAAGAUCUGUUGAUAAUUGAUAGAUAUCCUAGUGCAAAUAGAUCGAAUAAUUCAUAUCCAUUGUCGCCAUCAUCUUCCGUAAAAGGUUUAUCUGUAAAUAAGGAUGAUAUUAACACUCUUAACAAUAAUCAAGACGAAAAAUUUUUUAAUAUAGAAAAACCAGAGAGAGCUUUAUCUUCUUUUUGUUUAAGAUCUAGUAGUGCUCUGUUGAAAGUCAUAGAAUUAGAAGAUUUUUCAAAAUCAGAAGAACAAAACCUUAUUGAAGACAAAGGUUUCAAUGAUAUAAGUUCGUCAACUCUUAUGUCGUUUGAUUAUUCUGAUCAAUUCAGAACUAAGAAAUAA